AACUAUAAGAAGUACAGAGAUAUGGGAGUUAGCUAACACAAACUGAGUCUCACUCUCAUUAUGGAUCCUCUUCUCCCCUUCCUCCUAACUUCUGUCACCGGCCUCGUUGUCUUGCUAGUAUUUUUGUACACAAAGAAACAAUCUACUAGAAGGAAGAGCCAUGGUGUGCCUCAAGCUGGUGGUGCUUUGCCUAUCAUAGGCCACUUGCAUCUCCUGGCUGGUGGUCAGCUGUUACACAAAUUGUUGGGAGCUCUGUCAGAUAAGUACGGACCGGCCUUCACUCUAAAGCUCGGUUCGCAUGAAAGUCUGGUCAUCAGCAGCUGGGAGAUGGCCAGAGAGUGUUUCACUGUCCAUGACAAGGUUUUCUCCACCCGGCCAAGCAUAACUGCUUCAAAGCUAUUAGGUUAUGACUGCGCCAUGUUUGGCUUCGCGCCUUACAGUCCUUACUGGCGUGAGAUGCGCAAGAUAGCCACGGUGGAGUUUCUGUCUAACCGACGGAUUGAGAUGAUCAAGCACAUAAGAGGCUCGGAGGUGGACACUUCGAUAAGAGAACUGUAUGAGCUGUGGGUCAGUAAGGGAAGCUCGAAAGGUGGAGUUUUGGUUGAAAUGAAGAGAUGGUUCGCAGACUUGACACUCAACGCGGCGGUGCUAAUGGUGGGAGGGAAGCGGUACUGUGGGAGCAAUGAUGAUUGCGACGAAGGGGAGAGGCGAAGGUACAAGAAGGUUAUGAGGGAUUUUAUUCAGCUGUUUGGGGUUUUUGUGAUCUCAGAUGAAAUUCCGUUCCUUGGGUGGUUGGAUUUGGGAGGAUACAAGAAAGCUAUGAAGAGUACAGCGAAGGAACUCGACGCUCUGAUCGGAGGGUGGUUGGAGGAGCACAAACAGAAGAGGCUGCUCGGUGGAAAGGGCGAAGGAGAGCAGGAUUACAUGGAUGUGAUGCUGAGUAUUAUUGAAAAUGCAAAAAUUUCUGAAUUUGACGCUGAUACCAUCACCAAGGCUACAUGCCUGAAUUUAGUCUUAGCAGGAAGUGACACCACAAUGGUUACUCUCAUAUGGGUCCUAGCUCUACUUCUAAACAAUCCACGCGUGUUGAAGAAGACACAAGCUGAGCUCGACACCCACGUAGGCAAGGAUAGACAGGUGGACGAAUCGGACAUUACGAAACUUGUCUACCUCCAAGCUGUUGUGAAGGAAACCAUGCGAUUGUACCCAACGACCCCACUCAUUGGUCUUCGGUCUGCAAUGGAAGACUGCACCUUGUCAUGCGGCUACAAGGUGGUAGCGGGAACACGGCUAAUGGUGAAUGCGUGGAAAAUUCACCGGGAUGAGAGUGUGUGGUCUGAGCCACUCGAGUUCAGGCCGGAGAGGUUCCUGACAACACAAAAGGACGUGGACGUGAGGGGUCAGAACUUCGAGUACCUUCCGUUUGGCUCAGGGAGGCGCUCGUGCGCGGGAAUAACGCUUGCGCUCCAGACCGUGCAUCUCACACUGGCUAGCUUGCUGCAGUGCUUUGAUGUAGCCAAGCCAUCCCACGAAGAUGUGGAUAUGAGCGAAAGCCCAGGACUCACAAAUCUGAAAGCAACACCACUUGAAGUUCUACUUACUCCACGUCUUGAUUCCAAGUUCUAUGGACACUGAACUUGAAUGAUUACAUAGACAAAACCACCAAUCUUGUAUUACAAUAAAUAUGGUCUUUUGUCCUUUUGAUUGCAUAUUCACAAAGUGUAGUAGUUUCUACAAUUUCAUAUGAGCAUAGCUUGACCUUAUUGGUCAUAACCAUGGGCGGUUGGAUGUAACUCGGUCCUUAGGCAAAAAAAAAAAAAAAAGUGGUCUUUUUAUAUUAUAAUAUGUAAUAUAUUAAUUAUUAAAUAAUAAGUAAUUGAAAAUCA